GUUCAAUGCCUUAUUGUUUCAAUCACAAAAAAGAAGAAGAAACAAAGUAAAGAAAAUACAACACAUCAAGUUCCUUUUGUCUCUUGAUCGGCAUUGAAGGGGGACAAAGGAGAUUCAGAGAAAGCAGAAGCAAUAGCAACCCUUCAUUGUUGUUCUUCAGAAAAGUUUCCCCUUUUACAAAGAGUGGCAUGGCCUUUGCUUUAUCAUAAAACCCUUUUGAAAAUAGAAAACAUUAGAGAAGAAAGGUAAAAGAUUUAACAACAGAGGUAGAUAGUUAAAGGAAGAAAGUUUAGAGGACCCCUUGGAAAGACAUUUUGGUUUCUGGGUAUAUUUUGUGAGGUUGUUUUGAAUUGGAAGAGCACAAAAAGGUGAAGAGUGUUUUGGAAAAGAAAAGUUAAGGGCGAGUGAUGUGGCUACAGAAGAAUAAUUGCGACAAGAAGGAUGGGGUGCAUGGAAUAGUGGCAGUGGCAAUUGAUUCAGACAAGGGGAGCCAGAAUGCACUAAAAUGGACCAUUGAUCAUCUCCUCCCCAAAGGGUCAAAUGUAGUUCUCAUUCAUGUCAAGACUAAGCCCUCUUCUCUUUAUCCAUCAGUUUCUCUUGUGAACCCUAGGGCAAAUGGUAUUGCUGAGCAUGCACUUGUUUGCAAGGACCCUGAUGAACAAACCAAAGAAGUUUUCCAUCCAUACCGUGUAUUCUGUGCACGGAAAGAUAUACACUGCAAGGACGUUGUAAUAGAAGAUGUAGACGUAGCCAAAGCUUUAAUUGAAUAUGCUUCUCAAUAUGCAAUUGAGCACUUAGUCAUAGGCUCUUCAAACAAAGGUGGUUUUCUUAGAUUCAAGAUAGCAGAUAUUCCAGGAACAGUCUCAAAAGGGGCACCAGAUUUCUGCACAGUAUAUGUUGUUACUAAAGGGAAGAUUCAAUCCAUGCGAUCUGCUUCUCGUGCUGCUCCAACCUUUUCCCCUCUUCAAAACCAACUUUCUCAACACAGUGGCAGAUUAGACCUACCAGAACCACGUGUAGUCAAAGGGCUUGAAAGGAGGUCUUUUGAAGCACCACGCCGUAUAUCACAUGAUGAACCAGAGCCCUUCAGGUCACCAUUCACUAGGAAAGGAGUGAAUAAUGACAGGUAUGGGGAUAUACCAGGGCCAGAGACUGACAUAAGUUUUGUAAGCUCUAGAAGAUCAAGUACAGAUCGCUUAUUCCCAUUGUAUAACAACAGCAACCACUACCUAGAGUCCAAUCCCCGGCUAUCAUAUAGCUCUGACAUAGAUGGAAAUAAUUAUAGCUUUGAGUCAAUUCCGUUUGGAAGAAGGUCUAUGGAUAUCUGCUCUGAUUUCUCAUCCUUCUCACAAGACAGUGAUGGCUUGCCAUCCUCUGCAUCACAGGGCAUGGAUGAUGUGGAGGCUGAAAUGAGAAGACUAAAAUUGGAGCUCAAGCAAACAAUGGAAAUGUAUAGCAAUGCCUGCAAAGAAGCACUCACCGCACAGCAAAAGGCUGUGGAACUCCAACGCUGGAAAUUAGAGGAAGAGAGGAGAUUGGAGGAGGCAAGGCUUGCUGAAGAAGCUGCAUUGGCGAUUGCAGAAAAGGAGAAGGCAAGAUCAAAAGCAGCCAUCGAGACAGCUGAAGCACAGAAGAGGAUUGCAGAACUGGAAUCACAGAAGAGAAUCAGUGCUGAAAUGAAAGCAUUGAUGGAAACAGAAGAGAAAAGAAAAGCAGUGAAUGCUUUAUCAGGCACUGGUUUGAGGUAUAGAAGGUACGCAAUUGAGGAGAUUGAAGCUGCCACAAAUUUUUUUACUGAGUCACAGAAGAUCGGAGAAGGGGGUUAUGGUCCAGUUUAUAAUUGCCUUCUGGACCAUACACCUGUGGCAGUGAAGGUUCUACGGCCUGACGCAGCACAAGGAAGGUCACAGUUUCAAAGAGAGGUUGAGGUACUGAGUUGCAUUCGGCAUCCAAACAUGGUUCUCCUCAUAGGUGCCUGCCCUGAGUAUGGUUGCCUUGUCUAUGAGUACAUGGCCAAUGGAAGCUUAGAUGACUGCCUCUUCUGCCGAGGAAACAGGCCCCCAAUUCCAUGGCAGCUCAGGUUCAAAAUUGCAGCUGAAAUUGGCACAGGCUUGUUGUUCCUCCAUCAGACCAAACCUGAGCCUCUUGUGCACAGAGACCUUAAACCAGCCAACAUCUUGCUGGACAGAAACUAUGUGGCCAAGAUCAGUGAUGUAGGUUUGGCCAGGCUGGUUCCACCGUCAGUGGCAGACAAUGUGACACAGUAUAGGAUGACAUCGGCUGCCGGAACAUUCUGUUACAUAGACCCUGAGUACCAGCAGACAGGAAUGCUGGGAGUGAAGUCUGACAUAUACUCUCUUGGGAUCAUUUUCUUGCAAAUUUUGACAGCAAAACCUCCAAUGGGUUUGACUCAUAAUGUUCAGAGAGCCAUUGAGAAGGGAACAUUUAUUGAUAUGUUGGAUCCAAAAGUGCCUGACUGGCCAACAGAGGAUGCCUUGGUCUUUGCAAAGAUUGCUGUCAGGUGUGCUGAACUGAGGAGGAGAGACAGGCCUGAUCUUGGCAAGGAAGUGCUGCCUGAACUAAACAGGCUAAGAGAACAUGCUGAGAGCCAUGAUCACUAUUCAAUGUUUAGUGGCUAUGCUAGCCCUUCCAAUCAGAGCCAAGUUUCUCUGGAUGAAGCCAGUUCUUCACUUCCUCAUUCUGGGGAGAGUUCAUGAAACGCAUCAAGUCCUGUUUGACAUUCCUUCAAAACAAGAUCUUCCCUUUUCAGCAAAAUAGAUAGUGAGUUCGGUGGAAAUGAUCCCAAGGAUAAAGUGUAAAUUUCAUAGGUAAAUUGAUGUAAUAGCUUCCAUGAAUCUUUCAAUUUGAGCAUGAGAUUCGUUCUCAUUUCAAUUUAGGUUGUAUAAGUAGAAGAGUCAUGAAUCCAAAUUACUUCAUCUAGUCUCUAUGGGGACUCAUGAAUUCUAGUCAA